AUGGAUGGGGAGAAUGUCACCAUGGUGACACACUUUGUAUUGCUUGGCCUCACCGAGACCUGGGAGCUGCAGCUGGCCCUCUUUGCCCUCUUCUCCAUCAUUUACCUGCUGAUCCUGGCGGGGAACAGCCUCAUCAUGGUGACGGUGGUCAAUGACCGGCGCCUCCACACCCCCAUGUACUUUUUCCUGGGGAACCUCUCCUUCAUCGACAUCUGCCACGCUUCAGUCACGGCCCCCAAGAUGCUGGCUGAUCUCCUCUCUGCAGAGAAGACCAUCUCCUUUGGGGGCUGCAUGGCCCAACUUUUCUUCCUCCACCUCUGUGCCUGCGCCGAGAUCUUCCUCCUGACCGUCAUGGCCUACGACCGCUACAUGGCCAUCUGUCAUCCACUUCAGUACCCCAUGCUCAUGAGCCUGCGAGCGUGCACCUGGCUGGUGGGGGCCCUGUGGUCUGGAGCCACCGUCCACUCCCUGGUGCAGACCGUGCUCACCGUCCGGCUGCCCUACUGUGGCCCCAACGUCAUCGAUAGCUUCUUCUGCGACGUGCCACCUGUCAUCAAGCUGGCCUGCACCGACACCUAUCUGACAGGGGUGCUGAUCGUCUCUAACAGCGGCAUGAUCUCUCUCACCUGCUUCCUGGCCCUGCUAGCCUCCUACCUGGUGAUCCUAGUCUCUCUGCAGAGCCGGAGCGUUGAAGGGCGUCGCAAAGCGCUCUCCACCUGUGGUUCCCACUUGGCGGUGGUGGCGUUGUUCUUUGGGCCAUGCAUCUUCAUCUACACCCGCCCUGCCACCAGCUUCUCACUGGACAAGGUCGUGUCAGUUUUUUACACGAUGGUGACCCCAGUGCUCAACCCGGUGAUCUACACCCUAAGGAACCAGGAGGUGAAGGGGGCCAUGAGGAAACUGAGGGAGAGACAGAUUUUCUCCAGGGGGAAAUAG